UUCUUGCGCAUCCAUUAAAUAUAAAGGAUGAGGAAAUUAAUGUCAAAGUGCGCGAACAAAUUAAUCUUAUAAAAGUUGGAAUAGCCGUUACCUUAGUGUUGUUAGGGGGAUUAUUUUCGGGAUUAACUCUUGGCUUGAUGAGCAUUGAUGAGACAUAUCUUAAUAUUCUUGCUGGUUCUGAUAAUCAUACUCAACGAAAAUAUGCUCAAAGGAUUCAACCAAUACGGAAAAAUGGACAUUUAUUAUUAGUUACACUCUUGAUCAGUAACGUAUUAGUCAACGAAACAUUACCCAUCAUUAUGGAUGAUGUCUUAGGAGGCGGAGGAAUAUGGGCGAUAUUAGUAUCCAGUAUGCUUAUCGUAUUAUUUGGAGAAAUUAUUCCACAAGCUGUAUGUUCUAGAUAUGGAUUGGCAAUUGGGGCCUUUUUUGCAUGGCCUGUGAGAAUAUUGAUUUGGUUAACUGUGACCAGAUUGUUAGAUUUAUUUUUGGGAGAAGAUCAUGGAAUUAUUUAUCGUCGAUCUGGUGAUCUUGUUAAGGAUAGUGUGACAAUUAUCCGAGGAGCUCUCGAUCUUCAAGAUAAAGUAGUUGAAAGUACAAUGACUCCAAUAGAUAAAGUAAAAAUUUACUCGACUGGUCACUCUCGUAUUCCUGUAUAUGAAGGUUCACGUGAAAAUAUUUUUGGAGUUUUAUUGACUCUUAUAAUGUAUAAUCCGGAAAAAGCUGCCCCAUUGCGUGAUUUUCGUAUAAAUCCCAUUCCAAAAGUAACUGGAGAGACGCUAUUAUUUGAUAUUUUAAACACAUUUCAAGAAGGUCGAAGUCAUAUGGCAAUUGUCAUUAAAGGAGAAGCAUCCAUUCCUAUAGGUAUUAUUACAUUAGAAGAUGUUCUCGAAGAAUUAAUUCAAGAAGAAAUUUAUGAUGAAUCAGAUAAAAGGACAGGAUUAGCAGUAAAAUUCGAGACUGGUGAUCAUUUGAUCCUGGCAUCCAAAAAAACACCUGCCAACUUAAAUAACAAUAAUAUUCUUAAUGGUUCCAAAGUACAACAAAAAAACAAAUUCAAGAGUCCUUCGUUGACAAGAUACAAUUCUGAUUCUGGUAUUCAAUCAAGCGAAAGAUACGGAUACACAAAUAAUUCUAAAGAUUUAAUGAUAUUUGAUGAUUCAAAUGCAUAG